CCGGCACUCCUGCCGCCCAAUCAGGCUCAGCGCCAGCGGGACGGGGGACUAGGCGGGCACCUCCCUCCGCAGGCGGCGGCGGCGCUCCCUGACUGAAGGGGCCGGGGGCUCCGCCGUCCCCCGCCCCGCCGCGCCUCAGCGGGACCGGAGGCGGCCGCUGGCUGAACCCGAGCCGAGGGGCUUGGGGGCGUCUUUCCGCCGCUCCACGGUCCUGCGGCGCCCCCUCACCGCUCGGAGAGAAGCGGGGCAGCGGUGCCCCCUUCCCCGGGCAGGGCCUGCGGGCCGCGCCCCGCCGCCGCCACCCCUCCCGCCGGCCGGCCUCCCCGGGCCGCACCCGCCUCCCCUCCCUCCGCAGCGUCGUCCAGCCGAGCCGGGAGAAGGGGAAUGGGCGGUCCCGGCUCUUAGCCCCCGGCUGCGGCUACUGCUCCUCCUCCCGGGUCCCAGCGUCUCGGUGGCCUCCGCCCGAUGCUGGCGGAGCUGGCUGGGGUCUCGGCGGCGUUGUGAGCGCUCCUGCCGUCCCGCAGCCGCCAUGUCCGGCGUGGUACGCACCCUGAGCCGCUGCCUGCUGCCGGCCGAAGCCACGGGCCGCGCAGGGGAGCAGUCGCGGCGGGAGGGCAAGGAGCGGAGCCGCGAUGCGGAGCGGGAGGCGCGGCGGCGGAGCCGGGAGAUCGACGCGAUGCUGGCCCGGGAGAGACGGGCCGUGCGCCGCCUGGUCAAGAUCCUGCUGCUGGGCGCCGGCGAGAGCGGCAAGUCCACCUUCCUCAAGCAAAUGCGGAUCAUCCACGGCCGCGAGUUUGACCAGAAGGCGCUGCUGGAGUUCCGGGCCACCAUCUACGAGAACAUCCUCAAGGGCUGCAGGGUUCUGGUUGAUGCACGGGACAAACUGGGGAUCCCUUGGCAGUACACAGAGAACGAGAAGCAUGGGAUGUUUUUGAUGGCUUUUGAAAACAAAGCUGGGAUGCCUGUGGAACCUGCCACCUUCCAGCUGUACGUACCUGCACUGGGCGCGCUGUGGAGAGAUUCGGGAAUCAAGGAAGCUUUCAGCCGCCGGAGCGAGUAUCAGCUGGGUGAAUCGGUGAAAUACUUCCUGGAUAAUCUGGAUCGCAUCGGUCAGCUGAAUUAUUUCCCCAGCAAACAAGAUAUUUUGCUGGCUAGAAAAGCCACCAAGGGGAUAGUAGAGCAUGAUUUCAUCAUUAAAAAAAUACCUUUCAAGAUGGUGGAUGUAGGUGGACAGAGAUCUCAGCGUCAAAAGUGGUUCCAGUGCUUUGAUGGAAUAACUUCAAUUUUGUUUAUGGUCUCCUCCAGUGAAUACGAUCAGGUUCUCAUGGAAGACAGGCGCACAAAUAGACUUGUGGAGUCUAUGAAUAUCUUUGAGACAAUAGUAAAUAACAAGCUUUUCUUUAACGUUUCUAUUAUCCUAUUCCUCAACAAGAUGGAUCUUCUUGUAGAGAAGGUAAAGACUGUCAGCAUUAAGAAGUAUUUCUCGGACUUCAAAGGUGACCCUCACAGGCUAGAAGACGUUCAGCGUUACCUGGUGCAGUGCUUUGACAGAAAGAGGAGAAACCGCAGCAAGCCGCUCUUCCAUCACUUCACCACCGCCAUAGACACUGAAAACAUCCGCUUUGUGUUUCAUGCUGUGAAGGACACGAUCCUUCAAGAGAACCUGAAGGAUAUUAUGUUGCAGUGAAGGAGAGCAGCCCGUGGUGUGUUAAAAUUUGCCAGAGGGUUAGAUCGAAGUUUUUAUCCUUUCUUUAUGGCCCUUGCAUGUGGUGUGGGACCCAUGCUAAUUACUCGGCUCAGGAAUGCUGUAAACUAGCCAGUCCAAACAGGAGCUAUAGGCCGAAGGAGUCAAAUGUUGAUGUUAGCUACUGAAUCAUUUGGACUAGAAACACUACUGAAACAUGGCUGUUGUAGGUUCUGUACCUAGUUUGGAAUGCUGAAUAACGCAACCACCUUCUGCCUUCUUAGAGAAGAGAAAUCUCUGACAAACCAUGUAUGGAAGACAUGUUUUAAAUGAAUAUGCUCAUUUUUCAGAGACACUAGUCAUACAAGCUGCCUUUUUUGUAGUUUGGAGGUGCUGAAUCGAUCAAACUAAUCUAAAUGUAAUGAGAAUGGUAGCCGUGUUGGAGAAUGUUAAUGGAAGUUCCGUUCUUAACCCUUAGGAAUAUAACCAGAUCUCGUGUGCCUCUUCAGCUUUGCCAAGGGUCUGGAAUCCACUGACCAAGGUGGACGCACAGCUCUUGUCUGAAGGUUUUGCAUGAGUCUCCUGAGGCAAAAGUCUAGAACUGUAUAAGGAGUAAAUUGGCUGGGAAGCUGAGGCCUCGCUGAUACGGACAAGGGUUUAUUUUGCACUAUGUGGAAGGGAUGUUACGUCCUGGGGAAGCUGAUUUCCUCGGUGAAGCAGCCUGUGCUAGAGCACCUGGCCGUGGAUCUGCACAGCGGGUGCUCGAGUGAGAUGUACUUCAUGGAAAUUCAGCGCUGUUCUCACACCCGCAGCUGGCAGUAGUUGUGAAGGUUCAGUAUCUCACAUGACAGGGCUUUAUCCAUCUUCCAAAAGUUUGAAAGCUGGUUAAACUCUUAAGCAAAAGUUUUGGUAGUACAGCUGCUUGAUUAGUUCCCAAGAGCUGACCGUAUAGGAAGACUGAACACCCUAGAGAUCCCAGUUUUACAGCUGCACUGAUAGAUUUGCACAGCAAGACCUUGCUGUAAAAUUAGCCUUUAAUCUGUGUCUUAAUGGGAUCUUUAGCCUAUAGUAAUGCACAUGUGAUAAUUCUGAGUACAGUCAAGUUUGGAGUUGCCCACUUUGGGCAAUGUUUUGUGUGAAAAAUUGCAAGAGGCUACGAAUAAUGUUGAUAUGAACUGUUAAUUUCCUAGCUCUCUCGAUCUGUGUAACUAACUAUCAGGUGCCUUUUUUUGUGUACAGACAUAUCGGAUCUUUUCUACUACAGUGGGGUACACAGACAAACUGAAGAUCUGCCUUUUAUAUCAACAGUGUAGUGCUAUCGUUUAGGUAAUUUUCAAACAUAGUUUACUGUGCAAUUUUUGUCAUAGUUUUUAUCCAAGAAUAAAACCUAAAGGGCUCUUUGUACCCGUAAAAAUUCAGCAGAUUCCCUGGAGUUCUUAUCCCUUUUGAGCCUGCAAUGGCAUGUCAAAACAAGCAAUGUUUCACUUCAGCUGGCAAUCCCAUGGGAAAUGUGGUCAAAAAAAGUCCUGUUCUGAUGUCCUUUCAUGUUAAUUUGGAUAAAAUCUGGAAUCUUUCUUCCCCUGUGAAGCUUGCAGAUGUUCAUAUCGGUAUUUUUGUGUAGUUUCCUAACGUAGCAGUCUCUUGGCUUUCUUUGCGCAGGCUUCAGAGUGGAAAAGAUGUGACUAUUUCAGUGCUAUGUCACGCGUACAAUAUCGAGGUAAGACGCAAACGAGAAGUUGCAGAUGGGAACAUCUAACUUAAAUUUGAGCAAACUUAAACAGGAAUUAGCUUCCUUGUAACAAGUCUUAUUUUUGCCAGGACCAACUGUGUCUUUUAAAUAUUUAUUCAUUUUUAACCUUGAAGGGGAAAAAUGUUAUGUGACUCUAAUGUUCAGAUAGGGGGGAAAAAAGCCUCCUAAGAUUACUACAUUUGAAAUGUUUCAACACAGAGUGACGCAAGCAAGUUUACUCAUCAUAUAAGGGUCGUUUCUCUGAGCUGGCCCAUUUGUUUGGCUGCAGAUUAAGACUUUUAGAAGCUUUCAGUUAUUCUUGGAGUUCUUGGUGGUGGUUUCCACUUGACACAAGACACUGGGGAAGAGGAGACAGUCGUGGGCUGACCUGACUUCUAGGUUGACUUGACUUUAUUUCCUAGUUUGCUGUGAGCUUUACUCUUUCAGUACAUUUUCUAGAUGGGUUAUUAUUUAUGCUUGUUUUCUCCAAUGAGUGAAGCAUUCCCUUUCAACUGUAUUUUUUUUCUCAAGAAUUACCUCAGUUCUGUGUCUGAAUCUACUGUAGUUUUACCUGGAAGGCGUAGCAUGGAAUUUCCUGGUCCGUUUUUCUGUUCAUCCUCAUCUAUGGUUUUGUACCCUUAGUCACCUUAAGGAUUUAAAACUCUGAACAGAGCUAUUAAUGUAACAUAUAUUUUAAAGUAAAUUAAUCUGCACCUGGAAAAGAAACAGCAUGAUAUAUCUCACUAGCAAGCUUGAGAGCUCAGUAUAAUUUUUUUGUAUGAUAUGACGUUUUGCACACUAAAUCAGAGUUUUAGGGAACCGGCUUGAUCACCUCAGGCCUGUUACUGCCUUUCAUCUUUCUGUUGAAAAAAUGGGCCUUAACACGAUGCUGGAGGCUGCGCAUGAGAAUCAGUAGCUGCGCUCUGUGUUGUGUUCAGCUUUGAUAGUGAUGAUUCGCACCAGGGACCCAGAUCAGGAAACUUAUUGCAAAAGUCAAGCACUUCUUAUGUUUGCAAAGGAUCUGGCCCAGGAGGGAAAAGGACUUUUAAGUGGCAGGUAGAUUUCCUUCUCUGCAAAAUACACUCCACUUCUUGCCACAACUGAGGUUUUUUGGGGGGUCAGAUUUUUUUCGAGGUAAGUUGUAGUAUAAUAAAGCCCAAAAAUCACAUUAUAGUAAAUCAGUUAAUUACUAAAGCAGAAAUGUAGGUAGCUUAGGUUGUACAAACGUCUCAGAACAGGCUUGGUCAGUUGCAUGGUCCUUUCACAAGAAACAAAUACAAAAAACCUUUAAGUGACAUCCUGUAGAACUUUGCAGGUAAACACAGCUGGAGAGAACAUCUUUUUUUGUUAACUUUAUAGGCUUAUUGUUCAUCUGGCUCGUCAGGAAACGGGUCACAGGCAGGAUGAUAAUCACACGGAGACCUUGAACAACGGCUUUUUUAAAAAAAGAAAAGGCAGCCUUUUGCUGUCCCUCCUCGGACACCCACAGGUCAGUGAGCAGUGCCAGGGUGUUGCACACGGGUUGGCUCUCACAAGGACAAAGAGAGGAAGUGCUUGCAGGAGAGACUUACGUAGGCUUGCAGUUUAAGUAGAAAUGCUAACGAAAUGGGAGUAAUUUAUCAAGCACUACUUUGUAUUUGUUGUCCUCAAAACAGGCUUUGAGCUAAUACAGUGCGUCCGUCCGUGCCAUUCCUUCCGAUUGCAGUGCUGUCAGCUCUGAACAAUUCGGAGACGGCAGGAUGAGGUGACACGGUGAAUUGGAAUUAAAAAGGAAGAAUAGUUUUCUGUAAGUGGCAUAUUUAAUAGGCACUUGUCACUUUGAAGGAAUUAUUUAGUCCUUAAAGUUAAAAAUGAAUUAAUAUCAGUUAUGGAAUGGAAAUUACUAGCUACUCACCUUUACAACUCAAAGGUGCUUCCAGUUUGAUGCAAAGAAUUGAUCUUAUUCAAUAUGGCAGCAUAGAUUGACUUACUAACUUGAUAGUAUAUUCAGUUUUUUAAAACAUUGCUGUGUGAAGCCUAGAACACGUUGCAAGUGAAGAUGCUCCUGAAGAUGACCCUUCCCAGGCUUUCUGAGCCAACUAGAGCCUGAACCUCAGCCAAGCAGAGUAGAGAAAAUAACGGCAAAAGAACUGUGGUGGAAAGGAGUAGGGAGGCCUCAUCUAUACGUGGCACUGCAGAUGAAGAACUAAUUCCACUAGGAAAGCUAUUGUAGUUCUUGGUAUGAAAAACAGGGCAUUUACAACGCGUGUCCCAUCCUGUCUGUGUGUCGUCCCCCCAUCCCCUCUGGGUAUCCACCAGUCCUGGUUACUGUAAUCUGCAAAGAGUUCUAGAACUAAAGAAAUUAAAAUCAACAUGGAACCACUGCAGAAACGAGCAGCUUUCUUUAGCGACAGCUUGCUGCCUUCCACAGAGUAUAAUUUUUGAAAACAAGCCUUUUGCCUUUAGAUGGGUGGUUUUGUGGAUAUUAACUUAAUGUUCUGGAGGUUUUUUUCUAUGUACGUACCUCUUCAGUUCUCCUGGAAUUAAACAAAAAAAGCAGCUGCAUGGAACAAGAUUUCUGUAAAAAGCCCCUCUGAUUUUCAAGUAGUGAGUAUUGACACCUGACGUAGCUUUGCUUGUGUCGCCACGUUUCCAGGAGUACUUAUGGGGCUGAUGGACAGUUUGACAUACGCCACCUGGAGACACAUACCUGACAUGCAGUAACACCUCUGUGCAGUGCAGCUUGUCAUGUAAGCCAAACACUCAUCUCAUGAUGAGAACUGUACUGAUUCCUGUAAGUUUACUAGUAGCCUCUUUUCUGUAUCAUUUUCCUAGUAUAAAAUGGCAUGGUGUAGUCAGGGGUUUUAAUAUAACACAGCCAACUCUUUACCUCAGUGCACUCUUUAUUAAUUCCUUAACACAAAGUGGUGGGCUGGGUGUUUCAGCAGCACCUGCAAAACAUCUGCACCUACUUCUGUAAAUGAGCUUUUAACACAUUUCUAAGGAGCAUCCGUUAUGGGCCAGGAGAAUGGCAUGGUCUGGGCCAGACUUGGCCUGAGUUAAUACUGACUCACACACCUGUAGCUGGGGGCUCUCCAGCCUGGUGAGGAAGUGAUGGGCAGGACAAUACAAGACCCAGUGCUUUUUAAUAUUACCUGGCUUGUCAUUAGCCGGGGUGAGCUCUGCUUUGUGCUGUGAAGUGGGCACUUCUUCGCUUUAACACUAAUCUUUUUUUACGUAGAUGGAAAUGAGUAAAGCCAGGAUAUUUGGAACUGAAACUGCCGCUCUGCUAACCAGGUGAUGCUGUCUCUUUGCUUGUCUUGGUGGUUGGACAGUUUAGCUCUAUUCUUGACGUUUUUAUCUUUCUAAUGGCAUUUGGAAAGCGGUGUUGAAGUUUGUGUGUUGAUAUGCUUGUUUUCUUAUUGGGUGGGGAGUAUGGAGGUACUAGAUUGUCAGUGCUGGUGGUUCUCUGCCUGGCGUGAUGAAAUGUAUCACAGCCUAGCUCUUGAUUUAUGUCCAAAGGUCGUAUCUUCUGUCCAAUGUGAAAAUAUUCGCAGUUGGAGAGAAGAAAAGAGCAGCACUGACUUCCAAGGUGGGUGUGCUGGUUAAAAUUAAAAAAGCCAAAGUAUGUUGGAGGGAGCAAGAGAGGGGAGCUAUUUUCUAAACAGAUCCCAAAAGCUGAUGAUGCUCGAAGACUGUAUUGAGGUGAAAUGCCAUCUGCAUUGACCCCAAAAGCUUUGGGUGACCUUGGAGAGCUGGUGGCUGUGAAUUACCAGCAGCCCUGGCCCUGCAGCAGCCGCGCAGCCUUCUGUUGUACGUCUCUCUUCAUCUGUUCUUACCCGGGUGCUAAAACUCAAUUCCUACUAGAACGCGGAAUGCAGAUCUCUGACCAGACAGUGCAUCUUGCUGCUUUCGAACAGCUGCUUAAACUUUCUUGAAGAUAUCAGAGCGUGAGUAUUUCAGGGGAAUGGCCAGCUCACAGGCUGUUUCCAUUAUCUCAAUCAAACCUAGUACUGACGGAGAGCACAAUUUUUGCAAAAGUAGGACCCAAGAAAGAGCAUCUUGAGAGAAGCAACAGAUUUUGAAUAGCACUCCUCUGCUAGUAUUCCUGUCAGUCUCUUGUGCUGAGCUUAUGUGCAGGUGGUCGGGCACAAAAGCCGAGAGAAGACAGCAGGGAGAAGGGGAUGUGGAAGAGAAAGGAUCUUUUGGUAGCUCACGAGACUUGGGAAGAGUGGUUGAUGGACUGAGGUUUGAAAAUGUGCUCCAGCUCCCAUUUGCAUUGAAGCCAUUAACUGUCUUUAGGAUAAUGAGCGUUUUUCCAGUGAACAAGUUUCGUUAUCUGGAAUGUGUAAUGAGCUUGAAUUGUUGGUACAUGUCAAACAGUAUUUCUGGAGACUCCAUGUAACAAAAUGGCUAGUAUUUAUUGCUCUUGUGAUGAGUUGUCUUGUUUAUGGAAUCAAUAUGUAUGGAAGCAAACCGCAAAACACUAAGCUAUCUCGUUGACACAAUCAUGUAGCUAGGAAGCCAAUUAAUGUUAUCUUUUAUUCUCUCUGGUGCCUAUGCAUUGUAACACACAUACUAUGCAAUAACAUUCUGUUUUUUUAAACCAGUUCACUGCAUUGGGCAAGAAAGGCCUGAGUUUAGCCUUAAUUUUCUAACAAUUCACAGGAAAAGUACUUUAAAAACAGUGACAAACUAAAAGAAGGUGAAAAAUGCAUAAAGUAAAAGCACAGUUCCAGACUGCUCACAUAAGUGUCUUUCUAGCACCAAAACAGCAUCCACGAUAGAAGCAGCUACUCGCUGUAAUAGUUUCAAUUUAUGAAAACUGUGUACUAGAUAAAAUUAUAUUGUGAUGUGUAAAAAGUGUAUUUUAUAGCUUUGGUGACUUAGUUUACUGUUUUGUAUAUAUGAAUUUUAUAAGUCUAUUAAAACUUGACUUGUUAUACUGUU